GUUUUGACGGCCAGACCAGAAGAGAAAAAUAAACAUUUUAGAGAUUGCUGUGGGAGAACUGUAACCCGGCCAUGUUUCGGGGACUCGGAAGCUGGCUGGGGUUGGACCCUCAGUUGGAAACACAAAAGGCAGCAGAGCAGGAAACAGAAAAGGAGGAAGAGGAGACUAGCAACGCCGAACAAGGAGACAGGGAAAAGUUGGAAAGCCCUGGGAAAGAUGCGCAGUCUCAGCAAGAAGCAAAUGAGCCAGAGGAGGCGCUAAUAAAACAGGCCAAAGGCUUCGGUAGUUAUCUUCUGAACUUUGCUUCCGUUGCUUCAAAAAAGAUAUCUGAAUCUGUAGUUGAAACGGCUCAAACUAUCAAGAAAUCCGUGGAGGAAGGAAAAAUCGACGGUAUAAUUGAUAAGACGAUCAUUGGUGAUUUUCAAAAGGAGCAGGAAAAAUUUGUACAAGAGAAGAGCUUCAAAAAGUCAGAAGCUGCAGUUGCUCCUUGGGUUGGUUAUAAUGAAGAGGAAACCAUUCAACAACAAAUACUGGCCCUGUCUGCAGACAGACGCAAUUUCUUAAGAGAUCCUCCAGCUGGAGUACAUUUUAACUUUGACUUUGAGCAGAUGUUCCCCAUUGCCCUUGUAAUGUUACAGGAAGAUGAGCUACUUAAUCGAAUGAGAUUUGAUCUUGUUCCAAAACUUGUAAAGGAAGAUGUGUUCUGGAGGAACUACUUUUAUCGUGUUUCUUUGAUUAAACAGUCAGCACAAUUAACAGCCCUGGCAGCACAGCAGCAAGCAGCAGGACAAAUUGAUAAGCUUAAUGGCAGGCAAGAUGGCGGUGACUUAGAAGAAACUGUAAGACCAAAGACUCCACCAGUGACUAUCAAGUCCCCACAUAAAAAUUCAGAGGAAGAAGAGGAGAUUUCUACAAGCCCAGGAGUGUCCGAGUUUGUGAGUGAUGCUUUUGAUGCAAGUAACCUAAACCAAGAAGAUUUCAGGAAAGAAAUGGAACAGCUUAUUCUUGACAAAAAAGAAGAGGUUGAUAAAGCAGAAGAAGAAACAGAGGACUGGAUAAAGGAGUUACAGGAUGUGGUUCAAGAAUAUGAGGUGGUCACAGACUCUGACAAAAUAAAGGAUGACAAUUGGGACAAAGAGAUUGAGGAACUCCUACAAGAGGACUAACACAAUGCUGUUCAGAUGGACUGUGUCUAUACAGAUGGACUGUGUCUAUACUAUUCUCAUUCUACUCUAGUCAUUCCUUCAGGCUCUGCAAACCACAGAAUAAGAUCAUGGCUGUUGGGACUACAGUUUUAGAACUAGCGGUGGAAUUAAAUGCUAUUAACCUGAAGCUCUGGGAAGCCUUGUCUGUUCUUGUUGCUGAACUGUAAUAAUCUUGUUUAGAAAGCACUUCAUAACGUAACAACACAGAGGUCUUAUUCCUUUAUACGGGAUGUGGACUACAGUAGAGCUGACAUAUAAUGCAUGUUUUCAUUUCCAGCCAUAUCUAUGUAAAGUAAGUUCUACAGUUUCAGAAAGGCAACUGACGGUUUAGUUAUUCAUACGAAUAAAUAAAAGCUAAAAGUCCAAGUAUCUUCAGAGGUGUGUGGUGCCAAAUUAUGGAACACAACUUAUUGUUCACUGUUCAGAAAAGGAGCAUUUGUUUUCCGUUUUGAUAUAUACAAAAUGAUUCAGGCCUGUUUCUACGUGAUUGAAAAGUAAAUUGUAUCCUGUCUGGAUUUGUUUUCUGGUGUUUUUUUUGGCCGUAUUUUUGGUUUUCCUUGCCCUUAAGAACAUUUUUACCUGAUUUUAAUCAAUUAAGAUUUAAGAACCAAGCCUGGUAUAGUGUGUAUACUCCAGUUUGGUUUGAAACUGUUUAUACAGCUGAAUAAAUAAUUUAUGGUA